GUGUUUGCUGUCAGUGCAUUACAAAUCGGUUGAGUGGCAAAAAGAAAGGAAAAAAAAAGCAAAAGAACAAGCGAUUCCUGAAUUCCCACAGAUUAAAUUAGUAGUUUCGCGUUUUUUUUUCCCGUAAGCUCCCCUCCUAAAGAAAUAACGAGUAGGGUGCAUUGUUCGGUAGCGCGUGGUUCCUCGUUCCGACGGCGGCGGUGUUGACAACGGUUCGGUUCGGUUCGGUCCCGGUCCGGUACGAUUAUCGUGGCGCGCGCGAGUGAAAAGCAAACCGGUCGUCGGUGUUCCGUCAGGGAGCUCCUCGUUUUCGGAGGAGGGCACUUCGUUAGCAGCUAGCAGCAGUUAACAAUUUUACUGCUUGUCCGGAGCGGUGGAACGCGGAAGGAUCUCGCUCGUUCCGAUAGUGCCGUGAAUUCCACUAUUACCUCAAGUUAGUAGAGGCCAGCCAUGAACAGCGCCCCACCUGCCUCCUCAGGCCGCGGUGGUCGUGCUGGUGGUUCUGGUGGUAGCGGAAGCGGAGGUGGUGGGACUGGAGGCGGCGGCAAACGUCAGCAGCAGUCGAUCUACAGUCCCGGAAGUGGACCGCUUCGCAAGUCGGAAAACUCCGGCAGCAAUCGGUCACUAAAUUCCAUCGGUGAUGGUCCUUCUUGGGAUCGGGACAGGGAUUGGGGUCAGCAGAACGAUGGUUGGCGAUCGGUUAAUAAGAAAAGUAGCAGCAAAAAACAUGAUUAUUACGAUCAACGACCUCGCGGAGGAGGUGGCGAUGGGGGUCCUAACUAUCGCCAAGGAUCGGAGCCUCGCGUUCUAUCUAGCAAUCCACCGAAUGUAAACUAUAGCCGGCCACAGGAUAGGUUGCGAAACGAGCGGGACACGCGCAGUGUUGAUCCCGGUUACGGCGGUGGCCGUGGAAAUCUGAAAAAACCUCCGUUGCCUUUGAACAUAGAGAGCUUGGCCCCGCGGUUGCAGCGUAAGAUCCUCCAGGAUCACGGCCUUCCGCUAGAUUAUCUGGAAACGUUGCGAAACGAACAGGCCAAUGCGGUGCAAAACCGGUCCCACACGUUGCCUAUCUCACCCCGGUCGCGGCAAGGAAUGCGUGGUGGCGGCGGCGGCGGUGGUGGUCGCAAUCGAUACUCAGGAAAUUAUCAACAGGGAGGUGGAGGCUAUCGGGAUGAUUACCGAGCGCGGACGCCAGUCGACUAUCAGCGGCCUCGCAGUCGCUCCUCGGAUGUUGGUGCCGAACAUGACGAGCUCGAGCGGCCGCCAAGGGUGAGCAGCCGGAAUUCUAGCUGUGAAACCAAUGAUCGAUGGAAUUGUUAUGAGCGAGCUCCGGCUCCGCUUGCAGUUACGAGCAACAAUCCAGCUGCGAUGGCGGUGGGAGGUUUUCGUAAAGAUGGCAAUCGUAGUCGACAGUACUCGGAGGAGGAUGAUGGUCGCAAACCGGGAGGGAAGUUGGACUGGGCGGAUGAUGUCGAGAAGGAAGCUAUGCAGGAAAAGACCGUUAGUAGCAUUAAUAGCACCGGUAGCAACAGUGGCAGUAAGAAUAGAAGGCGAAAUCGAAGGAAUGGAAAUAGGAAGAAGGUGAAGGGGCAGUCCAAUUCCCGCUCAAGCAAUGACUACUUCGACGAUGGUGGAAACUUUAAGGUGCCCUAUCCGCCAAAAGGUGGUGGCGGGGGUGGUGGUAGUAGCGGUCGCAGCCGCCGAAACUCACAGUCAUCCAACAUGAGCCGCGAGAAUAGCAUGGAUCGAGCGGCUUAUGGAGGAACCGGAAACCGUAGUGGACGGGGUUCGGGAAAGCACUUUGGAAAUAGGGACAAUAGCCAGGAUCGAUAUUAUGACCGGGAAGAUCGGUACCGGCACCGGAAGGCAAGCGAUCGGUAUAGCAAUAGUAGAGAUAAUAGUAUGGAACGAAGUGGAUCGUGGCAACGGAAUGAUUCCGCUAACUGGAGAGGAACGAAUGAUGCGGUGGCGAUGGAAAAGACCGAUGUUAAGAUAGCGGAAAUGACGAAGCAGUUCGAGGAACAGAUAGGCAUUCAGAAAGGGCCGGGAGUGCUAGUGCUACCACCGAAAAUCACUCCAUCGGUUGGCGUUGAAACUGUUGAACGAUCAAGCAAGGAAGAAGCUCAAGCCGCCAGUGCACGCACGCUGUUCGAUCCGAACAAUCCUAACAAACCGAUUGUGGUAACACAAUCUCAAACUCGCAAUUAUAAUCCACCGGACAAUCUGAACACUCUGACGAAUUCCUCCUCGGUUGGCACUAACGAACGAAAGCGAAUGUCCAGUGGAAAUCAACUGGCCGGCACGCGCCCAGCUUGGUACGAUACCAGCAACAAGGAAAUGGUACGUCAGCUGGAAGCUGCCGAUAACCGGCUUCAGGGACUACUCUUAAGCGGCAAUCUCUUCCGUGAGUGGGAUGUUUACGUUGCAAUACGAUCGGAUCUUCAAAAACUGCUGGAGAAGUUCCUCCUGACGGAGAUGCGCUUCUCCCAGGAGGUCAAUCUGGAGAACCAUUUCUGGAAGCUGCUGUAUUAUAACAUCGUCGAACAGAUGCGCAAACUGUUGGCGGAAGAUCCGGAUCAGAACAAUCGUGCCUACUAUCGGGAGAAAGCUCUGGAUAUUAUCGAAAAUGGGACGCAAUUUUUCGAGCAGCUGCUGGCGCUGCUGGAGAAGCACUACAGUUUUAGUUUGGAGAAAUUCACCGGCCCGAAUGCCGCCACCACGACCAAGGGUCUUAAGUUUGGUAUGGCUCUGGUGUCCUGCCAGAAGUUGUUCCUCUUCCUGGGUGAUCUCGCUCGCUACCGGGAGCAGGUUAGCGAAGCGGGUAAUUUUCGCAAAGCGAAACUGUGGUACGUGAAGGCCCAACAGGUGCAGCCGAAGAAUGGCCGCCCGUACAAUCAGCUGGCGCUGCUCUCCGUCUAUGCGAAACGUAAAAUCGAUGCCGUCUACUUCUAUAUGCGCAGUCUGAUGUCCUCGAAUCCGUUUGAAUCAGCGCGUGAGAGUUUGAUGGAUUUGUUCAAUGAGACCAAGAAAAAGUACGAGAGCAGCCAACGCAAGCGGGAGGAGAAGAACCGAGCCCGGUUGAAGGAGAAAGAGCACCGUUUCGAUGGGCAUUUGCGGCGCGAAACGUGGAUUCACCCGGAAGGUGGCCCCCGGGUUCACCGGACCGCCCCGUUGGAUCCGCUACUGGCGGGCCGGCAGCCGGGUGAAAGCAGCGAGGAAGAGGAAGAGGAACUGCGCCAGCUGGACUCGAUUGAGCUGAACAAGCGCUUCAUCGUGAGCUUUCUGCACGUGCUUGGCAAGUUGAUCACCAAGACGGGGAUGGAAUCGUUCACACCCUGUGCGAUCCAGAUGCUGCGGGAGUUCCGGGCGCUGAUGCAGCACUCGCCGAUCGCCGUUACGUCACACCGGUUGCUGCAGCUGAUGUCGCUGAACAUGUUCGCGAUCGAGAUCACCAAGCUGAAAGACGCAUCCAUCGCUCCCGGAGCUCGUUCCGAAGUGCAGGAAUGUGCCCUUUCGAUCGGGCUGCUCAUGUUCGGGAUCAUCCUCGAGCGGCUGAUUCUCGUGAUACAGGGUGCCUCGGCGACCAAUUCUUGCUCUAAUCCUGCGCUAUCUAGUAGUAGUGUUAACAACAACAACAACAAUAAUAACAACAAUGACACGAACGAAUUCCUGCUGCAGGCGAUCGCCAACAAGCAGAGCGUGAUUGCCGAGAACCUCAAGGAACUGAGUCUGGCCACCGGUGGAUCCACACCUCCACCAACUAAUAACAAUAGUAGUAGCAGCAGCAACAAGACUGGAAAGGAUAGCAGGAUAAAUGACGCAACGACGGCAGUGAACUCUUCGGUCAAAGGAACUAACGGAAACAACAAUAACAACAGCGGCAGUAGUAAUAACAGCAAUUCCAGUGGCAGUCCCAGCGGAAGCAGCAACACCAAGGACGUUCCGCUACAGACACGACAGAAGCUGGUCCUGCCGGAGGAUGCCAAGGUGAUACUGCCGGCGAUUAAGGUGUGGUGCGACUGGAUGCUUUAUCAUACCGGCACGUGGAAUCCGCCGCCGUUUUGCACGGACUACAAAAUAGGUGCUUCCAUCGGACACGAUCCCUGGUCCGGAUUGUCCAGCCUGAUGACGCUGCUUAGCCGGUUGGAUACCAACAAGGAAAUUCUGGUGGUGCUCACGAAAGAAGAUAACCGUUCGGACUUCGACGUCGUUCGACUGCAGGAAGACAUCACCUUGGCAGGAUUCACCCCACUGAUGUACGACGUCCCGGAACCGAUCUUCACUCGUCGCGAUCGGGAUAUGGAAGAAGCCCAGAAUGCCCUCCGAGUGCAGAAGCUCAUCUUCUUCGGAACGGGAUGCCUCUGCAAGUGCGAACCGCCGGUGCUGCGGAAAGUUUCCACCCCAGACGGCGCCGAAGAGUUCAUCAGCAUUGUACAAAACCGAAUAGAAGGGUCGAGUGAUUCAGAGAUCCUGUUGGAAAGCUUCAGUGAGGACGAAAGUGAGAGUCAACAGCCCCAGAGCGGCAAGGAGCAGGAAAAAAUCAAAACCAAUUGUGAUGUCCAGCAACCACAACAGCAGCAGCAACAGCAGAAACAAUCGCAAAAGAAGAAAGACUCAGUCAACAGCGUCGGUGAGGAUAGCAAGAAAAACAACAACAACAACAGCACCUCUUCGUCCUCGAAGGGCAACAAAAGGCGCAGUGGGAAUGCUAAAAACAACGCCGCUAGUAACAAUAGUAACACAAAUACUAACAAUAACAACAAUAAUAACAACAACAACACCAGUGCAUCCAGUGUGAAUCAAGUUCGAACUCCGGAAGCGACUAAGAGUAACCAGGAGAUUCGGCGUCUUCUUCGCCGCAAGGACGAGCUGGAACGCAAGCAAAAGAUGCAGGAGAAGUACACCCAACGGUUGCAGGACAUCCUCUCGCAAAGCACGAUCGCCCUGAACAUCGAAGUCCGGCCGCGUCUGCUAGUACCGGACACCAACUGCUUCGUGGACUACCUGACGGACAUCGAAAGCAUCUCCCAAGCCCAUCCGCUUUACCAGUUAAUGGUUCCGCUUGUCGUUAUCAACGAAUUGGAAGGCCUCUCCAAGGGCACCAAACCGACGGCAGCGACGGCUGCCAUCAGCUCCAAGCUGGCCGGCAGUCUGUCGGUGUUCCCGGCGAAGCCGACCGCCGGUUUGGAUCGGCGCUUCGACCCCCAGCAUGCCGAGAAGGUGGCCGAAGCUUCUCGAGCCGCGCUCAAGUUUCUUAAGUCGAAGAACCCUGCCUUGAAAUGCGUAACUAGCAAAGGAUCAAUCAUGACCCGAUCAGCAUUCACCUCCGAGGACGACGACGGCGAACAGAAGUCCAACGAUGACCGAAUUCUGGAAACUGCCAUGAAUUUGUGUCGUAAUCACGCCGAGGAAAAACGAGGAGAAAUUCGCUACAUUAUACGGGAGGUCGUUCUGCUGACAACCGAUCGGAACCUGCGCGUUAAGGCACUGUCCAAUGAUUUACCGGUGCGCGAACUACCGGACUUUAUCAAGUGGGCAGGAUUGGGACCAGCGUAAAAGAAACAAAUGCGACUCACAACACACGACGAAGUCACUUUAGUAGCACUAUUGACGAAUUUUUAUGACUGCUUUAGCGAAGGACUUGAGCGUUUUAGGUUUUUUUUUUUCUUUGAAUUUUUCCCUUUUUUAAAACAAAUUUUUUGUCAUUUAUGUACGUUUUUAUUUACUCUCAGCUAGAAAGUAUAACUUAUUUGAUUGCUAAUUUGAGUUUCGCGACCCGGGGUUUGAAUUUGUUCGUUAUUGCCCCUGCUUUCCCCCAGUCCCUUCAGCCCUACACUAGUGCUAGGAUAGGUGGAACAAAAAAAAAUCAAGUAGGGCGAAGAAAAGUACGUUCGUUUAAUUUUUCUUUUUGACUGUUGUAAAUAUAUUACGAUAUUUAGAUUUUUUCUCCUAAUGUUUUUUUUUCUGUUCGUUUAGUUGUUUUUUUUUUUUUGGUGCCGUAUCGACAAGCGGUCACCUAAAUACAAACACACAACCGUAAAAACAAAUAAACACACACCCAAACCCACAUCGGUUUAUAAUAUUGUAGGUAUGUUAUGCAAUUGAGAAAAAAAUACAAAAUGCGCAGAUCAAAGUGCCGAGUGCCCUGUGACCCCCUCGGGAACGAAGUUUCAUUUUUCUAAACCAAUACUAUUGACCUAUAACUAUUAUAUUAUUAUUAUUACUAUUACUAUUAUCUAGAUUGAAAGUUAGCAUCCAUUUAGAGCGAAUAGAAAAGAGUUCCAGAGCCAGAAGAGAUGAUAAGGAAAGGCAGAGAAAGAGAGAGUGAGAAAGUGCCCAGGAAAGUGAACGAAAGUAACGACGAGAGAAGUAUGCGCAAGUUGCGUUUAUUAUGUAGAUGAAAGGAGUAAUAAUUUACACAAACACACAGAUAGACACACUCAAACAGGCGUAGUUCAAAUAAAAACGUUUUUUGCUCGUUUAGGAAAUGAUCAACAAAUAAAAAAAUAAUAAAAGGAUAUUUUUCAACUAAAAGAAA